UUCAUGGGGUACUGCCACGCGUGGGCCGUGUCCAUCGCGAGCCACCACGACAGCGAGGAAGCAGUCGUCUUCCCCAUCCUCAAUACGAAGCUCGACUUUUCGCGCGAGAUCGCACAGCACAAGGUCAUCCACGAGCGUCUCGACGCGCUCCUCGCCUUCAUCGCCUCCGCCAAAGCCGACCCGUCGAAAUUCGACGCUGCGAAGAUGCGCGAGAUGAUGUUCGCGUUCAAGGACCCACUGUUCCAACACCUGGACGACGAAGUCUCCCACAUCACGUCCGACAAAAUGACGGUAUUCUCGAAAGAAGAGGUGCUCGAUCUGGACGCGCAUCUCGAGGCGUACGCCAAAACGCACGGCGACCCCUUCCUCCUCGUGCCCUUCAUGCGCAGCCACACUCCGCCCGAACUGAAGGACACGUGGCCC